GUCUUUACGUGGCCGUCCAUCUUGAAUUUAACACAGUAGCUUAUACAGCACGGAAAUUAGAGCACACGGAGCGAAAGAGCCGGGAAAUGCACAGAAAUACAAAUCUUUGGAAGUUUGUUGCAUGAAAUAUCUGUGAGGAUGCCUCGUAGACCCAAGACUUGGGAGGCACAGGACAUAGUGGCGGCUUUACAGAGCAUCAAAGCCAACGGACUCUCGUUGAGGGCAGCAGCCAAGAUGUAUGGCAUACCAACGAGCACUCUGCGGGACAAGUUCCACGGCAAGAGAGCCAUCUUUGCCCGGUGCGGACCCUCCCCAUUCCUGACCGCAGAAGAGGAGCAGAAGAUAGUCAAUUGGGCAAUCAAGAUGGGAAACGUUGGGCUCAAGCAGACUCGAAUUGAUAUUCAAAAUGUUGUGAAGACAUUACUUGACAAGGAUAGUAGAGAGCAUCCCUUUGUGAACAACACGCCUGGCAGAAGAUGGUGGCGAGGCUUCGUAAAGAGACACCCUAAUCUAAAACAUCGAAAGCAUCAACUAACGGACAAGGCAAGGGUCAUGGUGUCUGAAGAGAGGAUUGAGACGUGGUUUAAGGAGUUUGAGGCACGUCUGCAGAAGGAGAGGGCGCUGUCCAUGCUGAAUGAACCCCAUAGGCUGUUUGAUGAUGAGAUAGGAUCAUCCAUAGAUGGGAUACUGAAUGGCUUUCCUGCGUCAUCAACAUCGGCACCAUCAACACCAGCUCCAGUAACAGCACAUCCAGCACCGUCCACACCAUCACAGGCAACACCUUUGCCAGGGCCACUUCCAACAGAUGUUGCCCAGACACCUCUAGGUAAUGAAUCCUCUGCUUCAUGCUCUGAGUACUUGACCGCUCUUCCAGGCAUGUCUCAGAACCAACAGAAGAAGAAAGGACUACCUCCUGCAGCCAUUACAGUAGCUGAAUUCUUCCGCUAUAUGCGUGCAAGAAGAGCAAGAGAAAACCAAGAAGAGAAGGUGGAACUGAGGAGAAAGGACAGAGAGCUCAAGGAGAGAGAAAUGGGAGAAGAUGAAAAACGGAUAGAUGAAGAGGACGAGGAAGACGAGGAGAAGGAAGAGGAGAAGGAAGAGGAUGAGGAACAAGAGGAUGAGGAACAAGUGGAUAAGGAACAAGUGGAGGUAGCAGAGGCAGUGAUGUUGUUACAGGAGGAAGGAGAAAGACUGGCUGAAGACAUCAUGGUUACAUGUACUGAAAUGGGACAAGAGAUGGAAGAGAAGAAGACACAAGAGGCAGAAAGAAAAAGAAAUAGUAAGAAAGUAAGCUGGGAGGUUCAGCAGAAAAAUAAGGAACAAGUUAUGGAGAUAAUGAACAGUGCACAUGAACCAGACGCAGAAGAAUUGAGGAAGAAGUUGAAAAGAGAGCACAAAAAGAAGGCAAAGAAAUUGAAGCAAGCAAAAAGGGAAGCAAGGAAAGAGAAGAAACGAAAGGCAGCAAGCAGAAAGAAGGAAGAACAUGAAUAUGAUGCUGACGUCUUACGAAAGGAUACAAUUGUAGAAUCAAAAGCCAAGGACAGAGCAAAGUCGAACAUAAAGACCCUAAGGAACGAUCAGGAAAUCUAUGUGUGCCCUGCGUGCUUGAAACCCAGUGGAAACGAUGAAAAAUGGAUCAGCUGUGAUCAUUGUAUAAGAUGGUUACAUCUGACCUGUACUAGUAUGCAUUUGUUACGAGGCAUCGACCUAGCAGGCUUUGAUUAUAGAUGCAAAUUUUGUUGAAAUCUCAUGGCACAUAAUUACAUUCCAUAUUAACUGUAAUGUAAUCCCUAUAUGCAAUCCAAUCCAAUCAAAAAGAUAUUUGAUAUACGGUAGCGCCUUCUCCUUACAGCUAGCAGAAGAACAUUAGCGCCUUGCGCUGUUAUGUUAAACGCGAUCACACACUAUUGCAUCCAGUAGGUCGUUAGCAUUGAAAUGCCAUAACUUUUAAAAAAUGUACACAUGCUUAUUUGAUACAAAACUAGUUAAAGGUAACUAGUCCUUUUCUCUUUUUGUUAUUGGGAAUGCUUAAAAGUGAGUUGUCAGAAAUUUGCCUUGUGACAUACUCAUAUAUGCAAACAACCCCCUGCCAACGGCAUGACAUGUAUACUAGUAUCACAAUAUUUGAAAUUGCUGUCCUUUGUGAAGUGGUUCAUUAAAAUAUUCUUGUAAACAUAUUUUCAACAAUUUGUAAGUCAUAUGAUAACGAGUUACUUUUUACUCAUAAAAGCAUGUUUCUACUUUGGUAACAACUUUUUUACAACAUACUUCAUGUUUAUAUGGAUUUGUUGCAUCCACUUAUUUUAAAUGUUCAAUAGAUUUGAAUAUUUUUAAAGAAUUUCAGAAGGAAACUUUCUCGGUUUUUAUUUUUCAAAUUUUAUUUUAUUUAAAAAUUUACCAUUUAAUCGUUUGGUAUCCUUUAAUUUGUUUUAAUAUAUACUUUUCAAUCCUUUUAAAACUUAAAUGAUUGGUUUAAAAUAUAAAUUCAUUUUCUAAAGUAAAUAUAAUAUUUAGAUAUUAUGCAACUACAUGUAUAUGUACAGACAAUAUCUCAUGAUUUAUGUGUAUUGCUUUGACGAAAA